AUGUAUGUAUCUAUCUAUCUAUCUGUCCUUUCAUCUCUCUCUAUCUAUCAGUCCCUUUAUAUUUCUCUCUCUAAUUAUAAUUGUAUAACUGCAUCUAUCUAUCUAUCUAUCUAUCUAUCUAUCUAUCUAUCUAUCUAUCUAUCUGUCAGUCCCUUGAUCUCUUCAGUAUCUUUAUAUCUCUCCCCCAUAUAUAUAUAUAUAUAUAUAUAUAUAUAUAUAUAUAUAUUCAUCUCACCCUCUCCCUCUAUUUAUGUGUAUUCAUAUCUAUCUAUCUAUCUAUCUAUAUAUCUAUCUAUCUAUCUAUCUAUCUAUCUAUCUAUCUAUCUAUCUAUGAUUCUUCCUAGGGAUUUAAUUCUAUCUAUCUAUCUAUCUAUCUAUCUAUCUAUCUAUCUAUCUAUGAAUCUUCCUAGGGAUUUAAUUCUAUCUAUCUAUCUAUCUAUCUAUCUAUCUAUCUAUCUAUCUGCAUCUGUCCUAUUCUGUCUGUCUGAUCUCUACUCCGGUAGUAAUUAA